AUGUCACCUGAACUAUUGCUAAUGACUGGUGAUUUCAACAUUCAUAUUGUUGUUCAUAGUGAUAUUAAACGUACACGCCUCUUAGGUUAGGUGGAAUCCAUUGGUUUGCAACAACAUUUUGAUAAACUGACCCAGGUGUCCUGCCAUAUCCUGGAUCUAGAGAUUACAAGGGAUGUAAAUGAGCUAAUAUCAACCACUCCUACUGUAGAUUACCACUUCUCUGGUCACUUUACCUUGAUCUGUGAUUUGAGAAACCAUCGUUUAUUGUCAAGGAGAUAGCCUUCUGGAAAAUCAGGAGUACUGACGCAGAGUCAUUCUCGCAUAAUGUGCUCGGCCCUUAGUCGAGACAGUACUGAUUGUCUUAAAGAUUUGGGUACUUUGUACAACAGAACAUUAAUCAAGAUACUAGAUCCUCAUGCAUUACUGGUAACAAAGACGUUCAUAGAAAGACCUCUUGUACCAUGGUAGAAUGAUGGAGGUCAGGUCAGGGGUAAUCCUGCUACUAGCUGGUGAAAAGAGGGUAGCAUGCCACCCUCCAGGACUUAAAAUAAGACCUAAUACAUGACGGAUGAGCUCGUUCACUUACCAACGGCCAACAUGCAAGGGACAUGACACCAUACAGAAACUAAGGUUUAAAUUGUACCCUACCCUCCAAAAUCACCCUCACCAUCCAAGUAUCGCCGCAGACAGGGGGCAAAGCGGGAACAGUCUGGAGCUACUCAUUCCGAAUAAUAAUAACUCAGACAAGGGAACCGUAUAGACCAAAUCUCCCUUAGCAAGCCAAUUAUCAUAUCAACCUAUAAUGUCAGGUCCUUCUACCAACUGGGCAAGUUAAAUCAGUUGUGCUGCGGUAGAGGCAGGCGGUAGAAUCAGGUCUUGAAAUCACUGUCGUAGAAAAGUAUCGCCUUAUCUCAUUCAAUCCGAUAACAGAACUGUGGUCUGAUGACAAGAAGUGGCUGUUCAUCCAAAAUUUUGUUUCCAAAUGCCGAAAGGGUUGCGGCCUCCUUGUUAAAAGACAAUUGGUCAAAAGCAUCUCCGGUUCAAAACACCUUUCGGACCGCAGCAUCUCUGUACAAUAGUCUAAGCUCCAAAAGAGUCGGUUAACACCGACGAUGAUUAUCAAUUCUACAACCUGCUCAACACCCAUACAUCCGACAAAGUCAACUGUCACGAUAUUGAUCUUGUUAUUAGAGAUUCUAAACGCUGACUAGGCCAAGGCAAUCACGAAAAAGCUCCGAGAGUUGUGGGUUCUCACAACAAGCAUUAACGGCAAAAGACGUCUUAAUUUCUGCUUUGCAACUAACCUUUGACUUGAUCAACCCAGGGACUAACUCUGUCAGGAAUUAUAAAACGUACAAUAGUGUAGAGCUCAACUUCGACCACCGCAUCCUAACUGUGACUUUUAAAGUGAGUCUUAGAACUACAAAAGGUAAACCUGUAAGUCGCAAACAAUACAAUUGGAAGAGACUCGCAAAUCCUGUGCUGACAUCGGCAUUUCUGUUAACGCUGUGGCUAUACGGCCGGUAACCGGUCAAGGUUUCCAAAACACUAAAUGGCCGGCAGUCCUAUAUUCUCAGUAAAUUUCACAAAAUCGAAAGAUUCUAGCUAAUCUAAACUAUCAUAUGUCGAUUUAGAAAAGUCAAGCGAUCCUGAAAUGCUUUACAGAUCUCAAGUCUAGUGUUUGGUUUACGCUGGGCGCAGAGGACGAAACCAUGUUUUGUGACACUUAGAACUUUUAUCAGCUCGACUGCCGGUCAAGGUUUUCAAAACACUAAAUGGCAGGCAGUCCUAUAUUCUCAGUAAAUUUCACAAAAUCGUCGACAAGAUAAUGUUGAAGUGUAUUUCAGCUCCAGAAGCAGCAGACUCAACUAACACGUGGAGUUUUUCCGCAAAAGCCGUAUGAGAGGUCAAGAUGGUAUAACGUCAAACGUCGCCUGUCACGCCAUGCUUUGGACAGAAAACAGUAACGAACAUACCAACAAAAACAUGAUAUAGAAAUCUCACAAAACUGGCUGGUUUGAUCAGGAUCACGACAUUUGAUAGUUUAGAUUAGCUGGAAUUUUCGGAUUUUGUGAAAUUUACUGAGAAUAUAGGACUGCCGGCCAUUUAAUGUUUUGAAGACCUUGACCGGCAGUCGAGCUGAAAAGUGUCACAAACACGGUUCAGCGUAAACCAAACACUAGACUUGACAUCUGUAAAGCAUUUCAGGAUCGCUUGACUUUUCUAAAUCGACAUAUGAUAGUUUAGAUUAGCUGGAAUCUUUUGAUUUUGUGAAAUUUACAGAGAAUAUAGGACUGCCGGCCAUUUAGUGUUUAGAAAACCUUGACCAGCAGUCAGGCUGAAAAAAGUUCAAAGUGUCACAAAACAUGGUUUCCUCCUCUGAGCCCAGUGUCAACCAAACAGUAGACUUGAGAUCUGUAAAGCAUUUCAGGAUCGCUUGACUUUUCUAAAUCGACAUACGAUAGUUAAAAUUAGCUGGAAUCUUUCGAUUUUGUUAGAUUUACUGAGAAUAUAGGACUGCCGGCCAUUUAGUGUUUUGAAAACCUUGACCGGUUACCGGCCAUAUAGCCACAGCGUUCUGCUAAAGCUAUCGAACAGCUUUUCCUCCACCCCAAAUGAUGAGCUAAUCACCAUCAGGUCCAGUCAGCUUUAAAGUAUAACAAGAAACACUGCAGAAGAGGUAGUUGGCAAGUGGGUUUCAAAUGGCUUUCUAAACAUGGUCUCCAAAGAAACAAGACUUGCGGAAAGCUCGAAAUGACACCAAAAGCAAGCACCUGCUCCUUAACACAGCCGCCUCCAGGAAGAGAUUGAAGGAUCUGAACGGGUCAAAAAGAGGGACAAGAGUGACCCAAUUAGUCACCAAGAACUUCUCAUUGAAUGGAAGAAGUACCUUAGCACUCUUCUGAACAACACCACCGCUAUUGAUACUGCUAGACUACCGCCAGAUGAGUCGGUUCUCCCAAUCAACACAGCCUAA